AUGAGGAUGGACAACAACCUCUACUUGAGCCUCUCUGGCCAGGCAUCAUCAGAUGUCCCCAAUUCACGUCCUGUCAAUACUCACAACAUUCAGCGCGCAACAGUAGCGCAGAUCUACAAGUCCAACGACAAACCUCUCUACUAUACAAGUUGCAUAACGGAGAUACCUGAUGGUCGUGGCGGUAUACGUAAAUGUAGCAAGAAGGUCGAGCAGGACAUCUCUACGGGGACGUGGUCAUGUAUUGAAGGCCAUCAAAAUCCGCAAUGCAUGCCAAGGUACAUAAUCAGCAUCAAACUAGCCGAUAUAUCCGGUGAAGUGAUGGUGAGGGCAUUUGAUGAGCAGGCCCAGGCUCUGCUCGGGGUAUCGGCGCAAAAUAUGAUGAACGGUAUGGGGGAAGAUGAGAUUGAGACUCUCAUCAACAACACUCAAUUUAAAAAANNNNAGGACAACAACUUCUUGACUCGAUAUCUCGGUAAGAUUCUCGGGUAA